UGCAGGCUUGGCGCUUUCGUCUUCAAAUGAAUAAAAAUCAUAAUAUAUCAACAUGGCGGAUAAAUGGGAAAGUGUACAUCCUGAUGGAAAAUAUGAACCAAGACUACCAAUUUCUAUCAAAGAUGAGCCAUUGGAGGACGAGAUGGAUGAUGAUGACGCUCCACCAGCGUUUGGACCAGCCGCACUCGGACUCCAUAGGGUAGGCACUAAAUUGCCGCCAAAACCUACGCCUAGUGAACCUGUACAGAAAUUAAAUGCAAGAGGUAUGCCUGCUCGUAUCAGAACAAAAAACAAAUUUAUAUUUGUGGAUGACUUUGUGAACACUUCACCACCCCGACAGUCACCAAAGAGGACACCUAAAAUUUUGGCAAAGACUCCCAAUAAAAAGUCUAGUACCAAGAAGCUAAGGUCUCCUAUGACAGGUCAGUCUACUGAUGAUAAAUAUGAUGAGAAACCGAGCAGUCAGUCUCCAGAUAGAAAAAGUGGUCAACGAAUUGGCAUGAGAUUACGAAACUUACUUAAAUUACCAAAAGCUCAUAAAUGGGUAUGUUUUGAAUACUUCUAUAGUAAUAUAGAUAAGGCCCUCUUUGAUGGCGAAAAUGAUUUUAUGAUUUGUCUUAAGGAGUCCUUUCCCCACUUGAAGAACAAAAAGCUUACUCAAAUACAGUGGACUAAAAUCAGAAGAAUGAUGGGUAAGCCCCGGAGAUGUUCACAAGCAUUUUUUGCUGAAGAACGUAAAGAACUGGAAAGGAAGAGAAAACUUAUUCGCUAUAUUCAACAAAGAAAAACUGCUGAUAUUUGUGUAAAAGACUUACCAAAUGAAAUUCCAAUGCAAUUAGUUGUGGGGACUAAAGUAACCGCAAGGCUUCGUAAACCUCAAGAUGGACUAUUCACUGGAUGUAUUGAUGCCGUUGAUACAUCUAAUAACACUUACAGAAUUACUUUUGAAAGACCUAAACUAGGCACUCAUUCUGUGCCUGAUUAUGAAGUAUUGUCUAAUGAUCCUCCAGACACAAUAGAUUUAUCAAGUAUAACCCACAAAUUCAGACCUCGUCAAGUUAUGCAGGAAAUAUUCAAUCUUUACCAACCAUCAUCACCCAGCAAGGAUAAAAAUGGUGAUCCUAUGAUAGGGUGUUCAAUAAUAUCAAGAGAUAUUGAAAUAUCUUCGAGUUUCAAUGGAUAUGGCCCAUAUCCACAGAAUUUUCUAGAAUUAAUUAUAAAAUUGACAAAGGUAUUGCAGUCUAAAAAGAAUAAACUUAAUAGAUUAAAGGAAUAUAAUUGUGAGGCAGAAAAAAGAAAGUCAUUUGAUCAGAAAAUGCCUGAUGACUUUAAAAGGAAAUAUGCAGCUGUGGUGACAGAUCUUGAAAGAAUUAAUUUAGAUAUGCAGGAAUAUAUCAAUGAAAUCCAAGCAUUUUGUCAACAGAUUGCUCCUGGGCCGAGUUUAGCUGCUAGACUUGCGCCAUCUCAGCUUAGAGAAAAAUGUUACGAUGAAGCAACAUUGAUUGUAGAAAAAAAUAAUAAUGGAUCUUUGCAAAAUCCAAGAGUAAUUGAACUUAUCACUGAUCUAACGGCAUUAAUGUUGCAAGUAAAAAGUUUAUCAGAUACAAAUAAAAAUGCAUAUGAGUUGAGUAUUUUACAGGGUACUAUGGAUAAAAUAAAAUUAAAACUGGAACCACAAUAUAGAAAAAUCUUUCAGAACAGCAUUGAAAUCCAUAUGCAGAGAAUUCAAAGUGGUCUAGGCCAUACUAAUAUGAGUAAUUAUGUAGCAAGUACAUAAAAUAUUAUACUAAGUAUAAAAUUAUAA